AUGAGUUUUGAAAAAAGUGAGUUUGAGAAAAAGAAAGAGGAAGUAGAGAAAAGCAGUGAUGGUGCAGUUCUCAAUGUGAUGGAUGAAAAGAAGCAUUCUUUAGCAAAUUUUCUGGGAAAAGGCCUCAUUUGGGAGACACAUGAAAUGUAUGCAGAAAAGAAGAAUAUCACUGUUGUGUACCCUUUUGUUGAUUCAUUUACAAGCUUUGAUUAA